AUACCCAUCGUUGCAUAAUUUAACUGAGAAAUUCUAUUCAUUUUCGUGCUAAGUAUACGAAAUUUAAAUAUUACGUGAAACGACUUAAUCCUUUUUUUCAAAUAACAAAUACACAGUGGCCAGUGUCGCUUCCAGUCCAUCUCUAUUGCAGCGCCUUUUUCAAAAAGCUUUCAAAAUUCUGUGAAUCUAACUGAAUCCACGCAUGCGCCACAUAUCCUGCAGUUGAUCUAUUCUCCGAUGCUUUUGUAGCGGAACAUGAUUUUGGAAACAUUUCGAGUCAAUAUUACCUGAACAGUCAAUAUGAAUUAACUAGCAAUUAACUAUUCAAAUGUAUCGUGUCUUUAGGGAAGGGAGAAGGAAGCGAUCCCUGAGUCAAACGAACUGAAGCCAUCGAUAUCCUGAUGUCCUACGUAUCGAUGCUGCACUGCCAUUUAACGGCUCAUCGCUUAAGGAGACGACAUUUUACCUUUGCUACGUGGACUGGCAUCCGUUUCCGGAAAAUCGCCAAAACCAGAAGUGCCGUUCUACGGGAUAAAAGCUGGAGCAUGAAGAUAAUAAAGUUCGUUAGCAAGCGGCAGAAGAAGCGACAGGCUAGCCCCGGGCAGCCCCAUCCUGGUCCACUUCUUUUAGGGCAAAGCAAGGUGCAUACGCCACCAAGUGCAGCGCAUGCGCAGCAGGCUGGAGUGCCCAGGAAUGGGAAGACGGAGAACAAGGCUGGGAGCGGCCAGAGGAACCCGACACGCAUGGUAAGCUCAGCAUGCUGGCCACUGGGAUCUUUGGAUGGCCAUUAUGUGCGCUAACUUCAAAUUUCUCGCCUCAGGUUGCCACCACACGGCACUAUCCAAACAAUCCGAAGCAAUUCGUUCCGACAAACAACGAUAAUCGCUUUGCCCACUUGCAGAGCAGUGGGAGCUACAAUAGCAGCAUCGAUAGCGGAAAUACGAUGACUAGACGCGCCAGCAGCAGUGGAACCGGAAGUGGAACCGGAAGUGGAAGUGGAAGUGGGAAUAGCUACUACAUCAAGGAUCUGGAGAAGGGCUGUAUACCCAAUUCGAUUUACCACUACCAAAACGCGCACGCCAUCACCUUGGGCAGCUUCAUCGAUGAUCAGUUCUUCAAGCAAAGCAAGCCAAACUCUGGCAAAUCGCAGAAUGCCAAGGAGCAGCCACCGCCAAUGGAGUCGCAGAAGUCAAUGAAUUCAAUGGAGCCUAUGGAGCCCAUGGAGCCCAUGAAGCCUAUGGAGCCCAUGAAGCCUAUGGAUCCCAUGAAGCCUAUGGAGCCCAUGAAGCCUAUGGAGCCCAUGGAGCCCAUGGAGCCAAAGGGUGAGACGGAGCCCUUAUUUGAUGCUCCAAGCGAAUCCCUGGGCAUGCCAGUCACAGUCGAUGCGCCAUUGACGAUGCCCAUCGAUCUCGAGGAUGGGUAUCCCGAUGUGCCAGUGUAUUACGAGGUACCCAGGGAUGUGAUGAAGCCACCCACACAGAAUGUCAAGGCACUGAAGCAGUUCUGUGGUUGGGCUUCCGCUAACUUGCGACGCAACCCAUUGGGUCUGAAGUUCCUAAACACGGACGCCGAUUCCGAUGAUGAGGAUACGUUUGCUAACCAAACGCUAAAGCCCAUUGGCUACGAAAUGCUGAUGUCCAAGAAGCACCGGAUCUAUAUGGAACGCCUCUACUGCUACCAGGUAGAGCAGAUGGUUCUUAUUGUGGAGGCCACCAAGUAUUUGUGGGAGAAUUAUAGAUACGAUCGCAAGCUUCUGCCAAACAAGACCAUUUGGAGUGUGGAUCCCCAUCAGCUGAAGAAAUGGUUAUGCAAUCGUCGCAACUUUAUGCAGAGAAAGCCAAGAUAUAUGAAAAACAAUGCAUUGCCCCAGCAAAAUUCUACUUAUUCGAUGCCCUCGAACAUGGUCAAUGCAUCUGUUCCGCAGUACUCUAUACCGAAUUGCUGUCCCAUGCAGCUUGGUUGCUUGCGUUCCAUUAGUGAGCCGCCUCCCGUAAGCCAAAUCGGGUGUCUAUAUGAGAACUGGUGGGAUAAUGCCAACUACGUGAACUCCUUUGCAAAGAUGGAUCUCUUCGCGGACAACCUGUCGCCGACCGAGAUCCAAGCUGCGCAGAUGUACGCCCUCCUCGGCGAGGCGUUCUUCGAGAUGGCCCCAUUUAGUCAGCUGCAGCAGCUUCAGCAGCUCCAGCAGCCUUACGUCCAUUCAUCUACUGUCCAACAGUUGGUGGACAGAGUGCCCAGGUCGCUGCCGAUGCGCCCGGAGCAGCAGGAGAAUCAGCAGACCAUGCGUUACUCAAGAGCUAUAGAGGAAGGACCAUCUCCAGGAGGAUUUGGCGGAGGGGAAGAGGCUGGUGGACGCAAGGCAAGUCCUGGUGCAACGGGUACAAAACGCCAGGAUAAUGGUCAAAUUGAGUGGGAGUUCGACAAUGACCCUUUUGAGUGUUGGUGCUAGAGGAUCGGAGGGACCGAAAGAUGAUCUCAAAAAAAUCGAAGAUCUCGCCUUAAACAUAACAAACUUCCCACCGCUUCCCGGGCCUUCGAAAAAAUGCAGAACUAAAUAAUCAAAAAUGGAAAAUCUCAGAGGAAUAGGACAAUGUAGAGCAGAAAUGUUUAAAACAUCUUUUUGUGCCUAGACCCUUUAUUUGGUAUCCUUGAAACAUAUCUAUUGUUAACAAAUAAUUGAUUUUCACUAACUUUUCACUCAUUUCAUACUAACACCAAAUAAAACAACUA